AUGGUGGAAUUACAAAGCGGCUAUAAAAUGAAGAAACUUAGAAGUGAUAGAGGUGGAGAAUAUACUUCCACUGAAUUUUUGCAGUUUUGUGAAGAAAUUAGUUUGGAAAGACAACUAACCGUGGCCUACUCACCUCAGCAAAACGGAGCUGCUAAGAGAAAGAACAUGACCAUUGUAGAGAUGAGCAAGACAAUGAUGAAAGAGAAGAAACUACCAUACAAUUUAUGGGGAGAGGCAGUGAAUACAGCUGUCUAUAUUCAGAAUAGAUGCCCCACAAAAGCUUUAGAUAAUGUCACUCCUUUUGAAGUUUUUAGUGGAAGAAAGCCCGGAGUUAAGCACUUGAGAGUGUUUGGCUCUAUUUAUUUCUGCCAUGUGCCUAGUCAGUUGAGAUCUAAGCUGGAAGAUGCAGCUAAAAAUGCAUUUUUGUUGGCUAUGGAAAAUGUGAAAAAGGUUCCAAUGAGGCUUGAAGACAUUUCCAGAAGCUCUGAAGAGGAAUAUGAAGAAACAAUGACAGACAACAUCUCUAGCCCAAUUCAAGUGACUACAACUGCUGCUAAUGUUGAUUCACCAAGUGAUUCUCCAAGUUCUACACCUAUUAAGCUUAGAGACAUCACUGAGAUCUAUGCUAGAUGCAAUAUGAGCAUCAUUGAACCAGAGAAUUUUGCAGAAGCUUCAAAGGAUAAAGCUUGGAAAAAGGCAAUGGAAAUAGAAAUGGAGAUGAUUGAGAAGAAUGAGACUUGGGAACUAGUUGAUAGACCAAGUGAUAAACCUGUGAUUGGUGUGAAAUGA